CCAAUACUUUAUUCCCACAAUUAUCCCCCACCGCCUUAUCUUAUUUACUAAUCGACCCCUCCCUUAAACCCCACCUCUCUUCCCUGUAUAUAUAAACCCCUGUCUACUUCCUUUCCACAACUCUCCUUUUCCCAUUUUUAAUGUGUUUGGUUCACCGGCAACUGACGUCAUCUGCCGGAGUAAAUAUGGUGGAAGGCGGUGCUGGACCGGAGUUUCCGGUGGUGUUUUUUGACGGAGAGAGGGAGAUGAAUAUUGGGAGUAUACGUGUCUACCCUAUGCUUGAAUUCAAGGCGUUUCAGUUGAUGCUCAGCCAGAGGAUCGGGAUUUCUCCGAACCAGAUUUCUAUUUACUUGUGCGACCGGAAGAGCUCCAAGUUCGAGGACCGCCGGCGAAUUCCCAUCACCGGUAAGGCGAAUUUCGGUUUGAUUGCUCUUGAGAAGGAUUGUUUCUUCCUCGUGGUUUUAAAGCGGUCCAGGAAGUCGCGAAGCCGGAAGGCGAGGGCGGAGUUCGGCGGCUUUAUGACGGAGAAUGAAUUUCCGGUUUCAACUCCGCCAAUUCUUCUCCGGAGAAACCAGCCGGAGACGAAUCUCGGUUUCGUGUCACCGUUUUAUGAUCAAAUUUCGCAGGCGGAGUUGGAGAAUCUGAAUGAUCAGUUACAGAGUUUGAAGAUUCAGAAGGAUAAUAAUUACGCCAUGGGUUUGGCCCAAUUGGAUCCGAAUCUGAUGCAUAUGAGUAACCCGUACCCGAACCCGAAUUCGUUCCCGAGGAUCCAAGAUACUUUCCCAAUGAUGACGAAAACUUCAAGGGAGAAGAAAGCUACUUGCGAGGAAUGUAGGGGCAAUGAUGGAAAUGGAAAAAGCUCCACGUUUCAUCACUGCGUUAAUGACCCGGUGAUCGCUGGUGGAUUUCGGAGCCGGUUUGGACCUGUUUCGCCGGCUGGUUAAUUUUCAUUAACUUGGUUUUCAGAAUAAUCUUAAAAAAAUAUUAUUUUUUUUUUGGAGUGGUUGGAGUUGGGGCUUUUGGGUAAGCCAUGGUUAGGAUUGUACAAAAUUGGGAGCAGAAUAUGCUGCAUUGUGGUAAAUGGUAAGGAAAAUGUGUCGUAUUGUUAGGGAAAUGAGAAUGAGUAGAAGAAAAUAGAAAUUACAGGCAAAUGAUUAUGAAUGGCCAAGUAAAUUUGAUUGGACUUUAGAGUGGUCAAACAAGGAGUUUGCCACUAAAUAAAUUUUUUCUUUUUGUUUUUUCCUUUUAGGGUUAUUUCCCUAUGCGGUUAUUUGGGACUUUUGGUUGAAAUUGAAGUCUAAGAAUUGUGAAUGGCGACUUUCCAACAGUUUUUUUAAUUAAAAAGCUGUUGUAUGAUUCAGUUUGGAGUUGAAUCCAUAAACAGGUGUGAAUUUAUUUUGAA